AUGGCUGCGAACCCGCCAUUAUCGGGACUCCGCGUCCUCGAACUCGCAGGCUUAGCACCAGGUCCUUUCUGCGGUCUCCUGCUUGCGGAUUGGGGCGCCAGCGUCCUCCGCGUCGACCGCCCCGACCCGAAUCCUACACCGACCAACGACCUGUUGACUUCCCACAAAGCCUCGAUCGCGAUCGACCUAAAGAACCCGCAGUCUCUAGAUAUAUUGCUGGCUCUCGUCACGAAGACCGAUGUCCUGAUUGACCCGUUCCGGCCGGGCGUGCUGGAAAAGCUCGGGCUAGACCCAACGACGAUCCUGCUCAAGAAGAACCCGCGCUUGAUCGUGGUGAGAUUGACAGGGUUCCGACGCGAUGGUAAAUACAGCUCAAUGGCAGGCCACGACAUCAACUACCUAGCGGCGUCCGGGGUGCUGUCAAUGCUCGGGGCACGAAACAGCCCGCCCCUGCCGCCGGCCAACAUUCUCGCGGAUUUUGCCGGCGGCGGUCACGUCGCCUUCACGGGCGUGCUGCUGGCCUUGAUCCAACGUCAAACUAGCGGAAAAGGUCAAGUUGUCGAAGCCAACAUGGUCGACGGAGUCAGCUAUCUCGGCACGUUCCCGCGACUCCUGACCAAAGAACCCACCUGGAAUGGGGCGCGCGGCACGAACACCCUCGACGGAGGCGCUCCAUACUACGGCUGCUACGAGUGCAAAGACUCAGGGAAGUAUAUGUCCGUCGGGGCCCUGGAGCCGCAAUUCUACGCACAGCUGCUCAAGGGUCUGGGGUUUACGCCUGCGGAGGUUGUGCCAGGUGGCCUCGACAGGCAGGACAAACGCGCCUGGCCAUACAUGCAUGAGGUGUUUACUCAGCGGUUCAAGACGAAGACCAGAGAAGAGUGGGAGGCAAUCUUUGACGGAACAGACGCCUGUGCUGUGCCUGUACUCGAACAUGGCGAGAUGGAGGCUGCCGGCUAUGACCACCGACCCCUUGUCGGGCUGUCGGAGUCGCCGGCCAGGCCCGUUAACACGCCCUGGCAGGGCAAGCCGCUGAGGCCGGGCGAAGGUGGCGAAGCAGCUUUGAGGGAGUGGAUCGGCUGGAGCAAAGGCAGAGAUUACGAGAUCGCGGCCAAAGGGGCAUUUAUCAAGAAGCAGAAGAGUAGACUAUAA